CUACAGCUGCUGCUGCGACUGCUACAGCUGCUACUGCUGCUGUGUGGCAGUGCGUGCGGUGUGGGCAUGGGCUAUUCGAUAAGGGGGGGAGGGAGGAGAGAAAGAGUGGGAGGAGCAAGAGAACGUCAAGUGAAGGAAUGUCCGCUGAGGCCACCAGGGUUGACGAAGAACAGAAGGGCUUGAAGCUGGAUGCUAUAGUGGGUGCAAUUAAAGAGGAACUCUUGAGGCUGAGAGACAGCGACAGCUCCACUGCACCAUCGGCAUCGUCCCUGUCUCGCGCAUCUCGCUUGCUGGACUCGCUCUGGCAGCACUUGCACCCGCUCAACCGCACCUUGGCAGAGGCGGAGGAUGUCAUGGCGCUGCUCCUCUGCCGGUUUGGUAAUUUCAAACAAGCUCUUCAGCACUGCACAUCUGCCUUGAAGAUUUUGAGCGCGCAAUAUCCUCCAAAUAGCGACGUGCUACAAGUGGAGAAAGCCAAGCUGGCUUCUAUUCAAGCUGCAAUUGGAAAAGGCUUUUUGCAUUAAUAGAAAUCUAUAUCGAUCCGCCAUAUUACUGUAUAGAAGUUUUACACGCGUUUCCUGGUUCGUCUCCAACCAUCUGCAAAUCUGCUGCGCACUGGAAACGACUCGCAACCCAGCAAUUCGCGCUUCGGUGUGAAUGGUUGGCCGCAAUUCGAUGUCAACCCAAAUGCCACACCAUUCGCAUCCCUUCCCCUUCGCCGCUGGAACAGCUUUCCUGCUGAGACAACCUUCUCUGCAGUGCCCAUUCGCUCUCCUCUUGUGUGCUCUCUUGCAUGGCUGACUCUGGUAGGAAAGCUUUUGUUCGUUACGUCCCAUAAUCCGCUCGGUCCAUGUGCCGGGGGAGGAGCUACCCUCCCAUCCAACCGAGUAAGCAGGGCGCGAAGCUGCUGUAUCACUCUGCCCUCGGAAGAUUCGAGGGAACCUGCGCCUUCGGUUCAGUUCGGAGAGACUAGCGACGAGAUAUAGUAGAGAUAUAACGACUAGCGGCCUGGGGAAGAGUAGGAAGGGCAAGUCUGCGAGGAGCUAGGCAUUGGUUCAGUUCGGAGUGACUAACGACGAGAUAUAUCAGGCCUGGGGUAGAGUACUACAGUGCGACAAGUCUGCGAGGAGCCGCGCCGGUUAUGAAGCGGCUUUUAGCGGCAGGAAACGAGGACUCUAAUGUGGCGGUCUAAAACACCUACGGGGGCACCCGGGGGGACUAGUAAAACCGUUUUAGAACCGUGGCGGUUCUAGCGAUUUGGAGAGCACAGGCUGCAGGGCGACCCGACCCGAUCCAACCCGAUCCGACCCGGCCCGACCCGGCCCGACCCGAUCUUGCCUUUAAUCAUUCGCUCCUAGGCUUUCCAACAUGGCGCCAUCGGAACGAACUCUUCGUCCGUUUCACCCCCUCUGCCUUCCAUGCUGCCUUAUUCUCGCUGCGCUCCUGUUUCCUCUUCCCGGCCCUUCGGUGGUCGCGCACUCUCGACUGCACACCACCCACAUCCCUGCCGCCAACAGCACCUGCAACAUAGCUGCGGGCAUGUGGCAGCGCGCGUGGCGCACUCCCUAUUACACCGGCCUCACGUGUCCGUACAUCCGCUCCAGCCAGAACUGCCAGAAGCAGGGCCGGACGGACCUCUCCUACCAAAAAUACCGAUGGGUGCCCUUCACCUGCACGACCAGCCGCCUCACCCCGCUGCGCCUGCUGCGCGCGCUCAGGAACAAGCUCGUGCUCGUGCUGGGCGACAGUGUGUCCAAGAACCUCGCUGCUUCCAUUGCUUGCGUUCUGCAUGCUGCUGCUUCUGAUCCUUCUGCUGCUGCUGACAGCGCUGCUGCUGAGAGUGCUGCUGCUUCUGGCGCAGGUUCUACUGCUGGCACUGGCACUGGCACUGCUGCUGUUACCACCAGCGCCUUUGCUGUGCAGCCAUUCACAAUCCGAAGAGGCAGCAGCGCAGCAGAGGGCAUACAGCUCCCCUCCCAUGGAAUCAGAUUCGCCUCUGUCUUCUCCAAGUGGCUGCUGGCCGGGCGGCAGAUGCCCACCAGGAAGCUACAGUACCGGAUCGAUCUCGAUAAGAUCGACCAGCAGGUGGUCGAUCUGCUGCCACUUGCUGACAUUGUCGUUUUCCAGGCCACCAACUGGUGGUUCUGGAAGGAGAAUCGGUGGUAUCAGAGCGGACAGGAGCUGGUCACGAGCAGCAAUGCAGAUGCCUACGCCAUCGGCCUCACCACUCUCCGUAACUUUGUAACCAGCUCCAACUUCGCUGGUAAAGCUGUGGUUAUGGGUGUGUCACCCUCGCACUACCGAGUCCCUGGUCUGGCCAAGGGUUCGUGUUCGACCAAUCAGAAGCUGGACUGGAACCAGACGAAGAAGGUCAUGAGGAUCCAGAAGGUAGCAGAGGCGUUCCGAGAGGUUCAAAUAAAGGUGCUUUCUGAUAGCCCGAUUCGUUACGUGGAUGUUCUUCCCAUGAGCUCCUGGCGACCUGAUGGACACGUGGCAAGAUGGACUACCCCAGGAGGAGCCCCUCCAAAUGAAAAGGAUGAUUGCCUGCAUUGGUGCGAAGGUGGAGUUACAGACGCUUGGCUUGAGAUGCUCUACAACACUUUGCUUACCUGAGGUGGCAAAUGCCCACCAAUUUGUUUUAUAUAAGCAGCUCCUACAACAGACCAAAGUAUCCUCGUUAACA